AUGGAUCGAAAAGAUGUCACGAUUACGGCAUCUGGUGAUCAAGUUAGAGAUAUUAGACUGAAAAGAAGGAUAUAUAACGUCGAAGACGAAUACCAUGACGCAGAAGGAUACGUUUUAAAACUCGAUUUUGAAGAUACUCAGCCAGUCAAUAUGAUGUACCUUCCAGAGCAAGAUAAUGGACCAUGGGUUGAUCCAAAUAGAGUUCCUCCAUGGUGUAGGAAGGAAAAGGCCAGAGAUAAAAGAAUGUGGCGCCAACUCCACUAUACUGUGAAGACUUCGAAUAUAUAUGGCGGUCCAUUCUUCGAAAAAAUCCCUGAGGUCAAGUCAUAUGUUCCAAAAUCGCAACAAACUCAAGAAAAAACUGAAGAAUCCAAAUAG